UUGUGUUUUUAUUGCAACACCUGACAACUGUUGUUGUGUAUAAGUUCGAUUUCUUCUUCUUCUAAUGGUGGCAGCCAUACGGGCCGACCUGGGCGGAUCCGGAAGUUGUGGGCCCUACGAGUGCCGUCUGAGCAACCCGAUCUGCCGAUGCGAGUCCUUCUGCCAGGAGUUCAGUCAGCGGUGCUGGAAAAACCCAUCGGGAUGCCAUUGUGCGAGAGGAUAUGCCCGUAACGAACGAGGACACUGUGUGCCUCUUAUUUUGUGCCCCUGAUAUAGGAUUCACCAUCAAAACAAAUAUCUAAACGAAUAUCACCUUAAAAUUCAUAUGUAAACUAAAAACCGAUUGCAUGGAAAUAAUCAGCAUGCAAAAUAAAUACAGCAGACACAUUUUU